AUGGCUCACGAUCAGAGCUAUAAUUCGACUCAUACACGCAAGCCUUCACUAAAACGACCAAACUUACUUCAGGGCUUGCUCCCUGAGCCCAGUCCUCAGGAACUCAGUAUGAAGAUUACAGAACGUAUUGAGUAUCAUCUUUCUGGCACCGCACCGAAGUCAACUGGUCUUUACGACACCAUCUGCAUGCUGCUGCGCGACCCAAACCUUGCUACACAAGUGCGCCACUUGCAUCUCGACCUCCGUGCCAACUGCCACGAUCCUCACGACUACUAUACUCACGAUGCGCUAUCAUACUAUAUGGAUAAUAUGGGUUAUAACAGCGAUUGGAAGGAAGAGGUUGUGAAGGGUUCAGAAACUGCUCUUGCUGGACUGCUUCUCACUCUGCUACCAGAGCUCGAGCACCUCGAGGUACGGCUGUUCAAGCAAUACAAAAACCGAGAUACGCCGCAGAUUUCAUCGGAGGAGGAAGCAAGGGACGAUUCCGCAAUCGAGAUAUCUGACUCCUCAUUGGAUGUCACAUCGGACAUAGUUUACGAAAGCAUACACUUCUCGACUUAUGAACUGUUUCGCGAGCCGCCUGCCGUUUUCGAUAUGACCCACAUUGCCGCAUUCCGUAGCCUAACCUCCAUCUGCUCACCGACACUGCUGCCCUGGAAUAUCAUGUGCUUCCCUAAUCUAAAGCAAGUUACCGUUAGUCUUGAAAUCGACAGCUGUGGGCGAUUUGAAUUCGAUCUACCAAAUUGCGCUCAGAUUCCACAGGAAGAAGCCGCCAUAUCAGGUAUCAUUAGUUUGAUUGCGAAAGUGCCUAUUGAGUUUCUGAACACAGCAAAUUCCGAAGAUAAAAUCUUUGCUUACGUUCCGACUGUUCUCCGCCACGCGCCGGGCCUCAAGCGUCUUGCGUUACACUUGAAGCGCGACCUGGACGAUGGACCUUGUCCCAGAAAUGACAUCAAACGCAGCUACCAGACUCUCAUCCGCUCUUUGAGCAGUAAGUCCGUGGAAGAGUUAAUCAUAGACACUUGCGACAUUGAAGCAAGCGCUGUACGCAAGUGUCCGGUAGACUUUUUUGAGAGUCUGCAUCCCAUCAACUCUCUCAGUGGCUUCCCCUGCCUUCGACGCAUCGUCGCACCACAGGAGGCCUUUAUAAGAGUGGAGAGUAGUCUGUGGAAGAGGAAAAAUACCGGUUUCGGCGCUCCAACUUGCCUUCUACCAGACACUAUCGAAACAGUUGAGAUCAUCGACUCAACCACUACUCUCAAUAUGUGGGCUAUCCGCAUUCUUGACGCGUCCAUGGCAGCGACAGGGCUCAAAGUCAGCACCCUAUCUCAUCUAAGCAAAGUUGUUCUUUGGUGCGAUCGUUGGUACCCAACUAUUGUCCCCGACUAUCGCACCGAUAAGUGGUCUCAGUAG